AUGGCCAAUACAAAUACCCCAUCCCAAUCAACAACGUCCUCUCCACCCCUGCAUGACAAACCCCCUUCCAGACCCAGUCUUCGCCAGCGCCUCAAACACUUCACAUUCGCCUGGUUCCUCUGCACAAUGUCCACGGGCGGCCUAUCCCUCGCGCUGGGCGAAACGCCCCACAAGUUCCACGGCCUCCACACCAUCGGGCUGAUAGUCUUUUUCCUCAGCAUCGCGCUGUUCGUGCUCUUCACCGCCUGCAUGUUGACCCGGGUGUGUCUGUAUCCCACGCACGUCGGCAAAGCGCUCCGCCACCCAGCAGAAGCGUGGUUCCUCGGCGCCUUCUGGCUCAGCAUCAGCACGCUCGUCGGCGGGACGCAAGUCUACGGCGUCACGUACGGGCCUGGAUAUAGCUGGCUUGUCAGCGCGGUGUAUGUGUUGUACUGGAUGUAUGCAUGUCUCUCGCUCUUAAACGCGCUGAUGCAGUACUUCCUGCUCGCUGCGUAUUCCAGCGUUCGUCCCGUGCCUUUCUCGCCCGCGCUGUUUCUCGCGGGAUACAGCGCCAUGUUGACAGGUACGAUUGCCAGUCUGGUCGCGGCGAGUCAGCCGCUGCAGCGCGCUUACUUGGUCGUCUUGUCGGGCGUGGCGUUCCAGGGGUUUGGAUGGCUCAUCUCGUCCAUCUGCCUCGUGGGUUUCGCACACAUGCUGUUGGACAAGGGGCUGCCUGCGCCAUCGUUCAGACCCGCGCUGUUCAUCCCCGUGGGCAGCGUGGCGUAUACCAUCGUCGCAUUGAUCGGGCUCGCGGAGGCUGUCCCGGCUUACGGGUACUUUGCGAAACAUGGCGGGGCGAGGGAAAUUUGUCGCGUGCUUGCGCUUGUGGUUGGUGUGUUUAUGUGGCUUUUCGCAUUUUUCCUGUUCGCUGUCGCGCUCGUGGCGAACUUGCUUGCGGCGAGAAAGAUGCGGUUUGGAUUGAGUUGGUGGGCGUUUAUCUUUCCGAAUGUGGGGUUUAUGCUGGCGACGAAUGCCAUGGGAAGGGAACUUGAGAGCGAGGCGAUUCUGUGGGUGGCGAGUGUGUUGACAAUCUUGCUAGUGACGAUGUGGCUCAUCUCCGCCAUCGCGUGCAUACGAGCUGUGUGGACGGGGCAGAUUGUCUGGCCCGGCAAAGACGAGGACAAGGACGUCUGA